AUGCCAGACCAGGAGGCCGAGACCGUCGCAAGAGCCUUCUACAACGGCUGGAUUUGUCGCUUUGGCACGCCGCUUCGAGUGACAACAGACCAAGGCCGACAAUUCGAGUCAUACCUGUUCAAUGCGCUUAGUCGUUUGACAGGUACGACCCACCUGCGCACAUCUGCUUAUCAUCCCGCAGCGAACGGCAUGAUCGAGCGCGUUCACAGGCAACUAAAAGCUGCGAUUCGAUGCCACGAGAACGACAGCUGGACUCGCGCUCUCCCAACUGUGCUUCUCGGCAUACGCGCCGCAUGGCGCGAGAACGCCGCAGCCACAGCAGCCGACAUCGUGUACGGACAGCCACUUUGCCUUCCAGGGGAACUGCUCGUAGCUUCAACAGCUAACAACAAUGACCCAGCUUUUUUCGUGACUGAGUUGCGCAACUACUUCACGAAGAUACGACCAGUCCCUGAAAAAUCACAUGGCGAACAAAAUACCUUUAUUUUCAAGGACCUGGAAACGUGUAAAUCCGUUUUAGUUCGCCGCAACGCUGUGAGAACUUCACUCCAAAUGCCUUACGAUGGACCAUUCCUCGUGCUGACUCGAUCGGAUAAAACGUAUAAGCUGCAAUUCAACGGUCACACAGCCAACGUUUCUAUCGAUAGACUCAAGCCAGCCUUCGUUCUCGGAGAUGCUCCAGAGAACCCACAUCAGAACGACGAGGAAGACGAGUUCUUUUUAAUACGUUAUCACCAGGCACUGCCCCAACAACAGCAGCAACAAGAGCCAGUUCCUCAGCAGCAACAACAACAGCUACCGACAGCUCAUGAAAACAACGGACAACAACCAGCUAUCCGAAGAUCCACACGUCGUGUACGUUUCGCAGAGCGUUAUCAAGCUGGUUUCAAUUAA